AUGCCACGCAAUCCUCCCAUGGUUGUUGAUGAUCUGUUUGAAGAUAUAAAAGAUGGGAUAAAGCUGUUGGCCUUACUAGAAGUUCUUUCUGGGCAGCGCUUGCGGUGGGAACAGGGUCGUAACUUGAGGCGCAUUCACUGCAUUGCAAACAUUGGUGCAGCCCUAAAAUUUCUUGAAGGAAGACGGUCGGUUUACAGAGGAUCACCGAUAAAGCUGGUGAAUAUCAAUUCGACUGACAUUGCUGAUGGAAGACCUUCUAUUGUGCUUGGUUUGAUCUGGACCAUUAUUUUAUAUUUUCAGAUUGAAGAGUUAACAAGCAAUCUGCCCGUGUUGCAGUCCCUGUCCAGCAGCACCUCUUCUGUAGACAGCCUGGCUGGUUCAGAGGCCACUAGUCCUCCUUCCAAGCGUAAGAUUGUCACGAAAGGAAGUGCCAAGAAGGCCCUGCUAAAAUGGGUGCAGUAUACAGCAGCAAAGUGUGCUGGAAUCGAGGUGCGUGAUUUUGGACCCAGCUGGAGGAGUGGUAUUGCAUUUCUUUCAGUAAUCCAUGCUAUUCGCCCAGAUUUAAUAGAUUUGGAGAAAGCAAAGGGGAGAUCCAACAGGGAGAAUCUGGAAGAGGCAUUUGCCAUUGCUGAAACUCAGCUGGGAAUUCCAAGGCUUCUUGAUCCUGAAGAUGUGGAUGUUGACAAACCAGAUGAGAAAUCGAUCAUGACAUAUGUAGCACAAUUCAUAAAACACUAUCCAGAUCCAAACAAUGCAGAAACUGAUGGCAUAGAAAAUGAGAAGGAAGACAGAUUGCUGCUACGGGAGAGGAAGGCCUGGCUUGAACAGUUUGAAAGAGAUCUCACUAGAGCACAGAUGGUGGAUGCCAGCUUGCAAGAGAGAUAUCAGCUAUUCAAAAACUGCAGAGUACAAUAUGAAAUGAAGAGGAAACAGAUUGAAGCAGUAAUCCGUCCACUAAAAAAAGGUGGCAAGUUGUCAGUUGAUCAAGUCAUGGUGAAACAAGUAUGGGACAGAGUCUCUACAAGGCUCCUUGACUGGCAUCUGCAGCUUGACAAAUCUCUGCCUGCUCCCUUGAACACUAUUGGCAGCUGGCUACACAGAGCUGAGGCCAUCCUUGGGGAAGAAAUAACAAUUCAUCAAGCACAUGAGGAAACAGCUAACAUCAUCCACCGAAAACUGGAACAGCAUAAGGAAAUAUUAAAGAAUUUGGAAAGUUACAAACAGACAUUUCACCAAAUUCACAGAGUAGGUUCAGUUAAUGGAGUUCCCAUUCCCCAAGAGCAACUUACAGACAUGGCAGAAAGGUUUAAUGUCAUUGCACCAGCAUCACAAACGCAUCUAAUAAAGUUGGAGUUUCUAGAACUUAAGUAUCGCCUUCUUUCUCUGUUGAUGGUUGCUGAAUCUAAACUUAAGUCCUGGAUUAUCAAAUAUGGACGGAGGGAUUCAGUGGAGCUGCUUCUUCAAAAUUACAUUUCUUUCAUCGAUGGCAAUAAAUUCUUUGAGGUAUACGAGGUCACAUAUCAAACUUUGAAGCAGACAGCUACAACUUAUCUGAAGAUGGACAAUUCAGCUGAAGAGGGCGAGAAUGUGUCAAAGCUUUUGAAUGACUCUGCUGCGCAGUGGCGAAACUUGUCAGUGGAAGUACGAAGUGUACGUAGUAUGCUGGAGGAAGUGAUCACAAACUGGGAUAAAUACAGCAGUACGGUAUCCAGCCUGCAGGCUUGGCUAGAAGAUGCAGAAAAAAUGCUAAAUCAGUCUGAGCAAGCCAAAAAGGAAUUCUUCCGCAAUUUGCCUAAUUGGAUACAGCAGCAUACAACUAUGAAUGAUGCUGGCAAUUUUCUUAUUGAAACAUGUGAUGAGACAGUUUCCAGAGAGCUCAAACAACAGCUACUGCUACUGAAUGGAAGAUGGAGGGAGCUGUUUGUCAAAGUUAAGCAUUAUGCUCGAAUGGAUGUAGUGGAUGAAAAGAAGAAGGAUUACUUAAAUGGUGUUGCUGCCUUAACGACCUUUGCUGAUACAGCCGUGGAGAAACUAACUGCUCCCUUAGAGGUGUCUUUUCUGAACAUCAAAAUGAUUGUGCAAGAUAUUGAGGAUAUUAAACAGAGGUGUCCAGCAAUGGAAGCAAGGUUCAGAUUCAUUACUAGGACAGCGCAAACUCUAACCAAAGAUAUGCCACAGGAGGAAGCCAAUCAGAUGCUUGCAGCAAUGACUGGCAUUAAGGAACAGCUAAGCAAGGUUAAGGAGCUCUAUCCACCAGUACUGAGAGAGACACAGCAGUUAUUAACCCCAUUACAGGAGAUGGAAAAACAAAUUACAGUUGUGCAUGAACUGCUGGAAAAGUCUAAUCAGAUCACUGGAAGCAGUCCACCUGAGAAUCAGCCCUUAGAAGACUUCAAAGAGAAACAGAAGGAGCUACUAGAUUAUCAGGGGCAGUGCAAAAAGGCAGUGAUUUCUAUUGAGAAAAACAACCAGGCUGUUCAGAGGCUCUUAACAAGCAGUAAGAUGCUAAAACACUUGGAUCGAUCAGUGCUUCAGAAGAAGGUCAUGGAGAUUCAAGUUUCUAUUGAGAAUAUGGUAAAGCAGGCUGGUGAAUGGAGAAAGCAGAUAGAAGCUAACAGCAGUCUGAUGAAAAGGUUUGAGGAUUCAAAAAGAGAACUCGAGAAGGCAAUAGAGAUUGCACAGUCAUGCUUGAAAGAGAAAGGAAAUCCAGAAGAAAUGCUAAAGAAACAUACGGAUUUCUUUGGCCAGUUGGACCAGAGGGUAUUGAAUUCAUUUCUGAAGGCGUGCGAUGAAAUGACAGAUAUCCUACCAGAGCAGGAACAGCAGUCCCUCCAGGAUACUGUCAGAAAACUUCACAAACAGUGGAAGGAUCUCCAGGCAGAAGCUCCAUAUCACCUAUUACGAUUGAAGAUCGAACUAGAGAAGAGCAGGCUUUCAGCAUCUGUAGAAGACUGCAACUCAGAGCUGGCACGGGAAACUAGAGUUUUGAUUACUACAGGCAGCGAACAGUUAAUUAAAGAACACAGGAUAUUUUUUGGUGAAAAAGGAUUGUAUCUCUUGUGUGAAAAAAGGCUGAUGCUAAUUGAAGAGUUAUGUCUGAAACUUCCUCAGAGGGAUCCAGUAAGGACAACCAUGGAGAGCUGCAGAAAAACAUUGAAAGAGCUUAAAGCACAGAUUGACAGCACAUAUCAGAAACUGAUAAAUCACCCUGACAAGUGGAAAGAAUAUAAAGACAGGUUCUCUGAAGUCUCAUCGUGGCUUUUAGCAAAAGAAAAACUUCUGAAGAGGAUUAAGAUUGAUGCCAAAGAACCUGCCAAAUAUGUUCAUCUUCGAACUUCACUGGAGGAAAUAAGGCAAGAUGUUAACAAAUGGGAAGGCACUAUCAACUGGUUAAAAUCGAGAUUAGCUACAUUAGUUGAGAUAUCCUCUGAGAAAGAUGCAAAGAAAGAAGACCAAGAAUUGUCCAAACUUUCCAGUGUCUUCAGGGAUUUUCUGUCUCUUCUAGCUCAAACAGAGAAAUUGCUUUCUGCUUUGGGUGAGUGCGUCCAGUAUAAAGAAGAAGUAAGCAGCACUCUGGAUGAGCUCAUAAACAGUCAGAAAGAAAUGCAAGCAGAGACAGACAAAAUCUUGGAAUCCACAAGUUUUCAUGAGGCACAGCAGCUUCUCCUUCUCCAUCAGCAAAGACUAAAGAGGCUCCAGUCAAGAAGACAUGAUUUUCAGCAACAGGUUGUUCGGGGAAAACAACUGCAAGCAGAAGGAACCCUCACAGCCUCAGUACAAGAUGACUUACGGAAGUUAGAAGCAAUGCUAAGUAACAUGGAAGAAACUAUGGAGAAGCAAGACAAACAUCUACAGGUUGUAUUGACUUCUUGGGAACAAUUUGAUGUAGAGAAAAAUUCGGUAACAGUGUUUCUUAAUCGUGCAAGCUCAUCAUUUGGACAGCUGCAGAACAUUGGAAGCCUAGGGAGUCUUUCAGCAGAAAUACUGCAGGUCAAGGAGUUGCUUACACAGAAUAAAGAUGUUAAGGAAAAAUCUCAAAAUCUUGUUAAGAUGUCAUCAGAAAUACAACUUGGACCUAAGAAUAAGAAAUUACUUCAGCAACAAGCCAGUUCUAUCAAAGAAGAGGUUGCUGAGAUGGGACAGAAACUUGCAGAAAACAUAAAAGAAAUGGAAUUGGUGAAAAGCAAAUGGGAACAGUUUGGAAGUAAUCUUGAGUCCUUGUCAUCAUGGAUCACUGAAAAAGACAAAGAGUUAGAUGCUAUGGACCGCUCUCCAUCUCCUUUGGAAAUGCAGAUUAGUCACUUGCAGGGUUUUCUCAAAGAGGUUUCUGAGAAUGCAAGCAGAAUUCCAAACCUGGAGCAGGAAGCUCAGGCUUUGAAUAAGAACAUUGCUUCUGGUGAGGCUGCACGUAUUAAGGCCAGAAUGACUCAAACUACUAGGAGCUGGGAAGAACUCAGACAGCAUUUACAUCGCCUGGAGGAAACUGUCAAGGAAAACAUGUCACAGCAGCAAAAGUUUGAUAAUAGCCUGACACAGAUUGAACAAAAUUUUGCAGGCAUAGAAGACAGGCUGACUGCCCCUAUCUCUUCUUGCAAUUCAGCAUCCACAACAUACCAGGCAUUGCAGGAACAUGUGAAUCUUUGUGAGUCCUUAGAACAGAUGAAGAGCAAUAUUGCCUCAAUGCUGGUCAGUGCCCAAAAGGUUCCUAACAAAGAAAAGGCUAUUCAGGAUGCUACAGCUUUGCAGCAGAGAUAUGAAAAAGGUCAACAGCUGGCUAAACAACGUCAAACUCAACUGGGAGAUCUGCUAUCAACCUGGCAAAGGUUUGAAAAAGAUUUAUCUAGCUUUACCUCAUGGUUGGAGAAGUGUGAAUCGCUUGCCACUCCUAAGGAGCAAUACAUUUCUGCAGACCAACUAAAACUACAGAAUGAACUGCAGUGUUUGAAGGAUUUACAGGCUGAAGUGGAUUCUCAUGAGACUGUCUACUACCAUGUUUUAAAGCUGAGUGAGAUGAUUUUCCCAACUGCAAACAAAGACUCUACAGACGUUAUACAACAGACAUUAAAGCAGUUGGAAAGUAGGCUGCACCUUUUACCAGAAGCUAUCACUAACAGGGUCAGUUUCCUCCAGUCUGUGAUAACUGAUCAUCAUAAACUUGAAGAACAAGUUCUUAAAGUUUCAAACUGGGUUGAACAGCUGCUUCAUGACAUACAGACAACUUCUGAAGUGAAUACAUCUGACCUAACAUCCACAUCAAGACACUUAAAGGAACACAAGGUAGCAAUAGAACGUCAGCAAGUUGAAAAUCAAACCCUUAAAGCCAGCGUAGAUAAAAUGUGUUCUUUUUGCAAACCUGAAGACCAUCAUUUGCUGCACAGCAAAAUAGACAAUUGUAUUCAGCUGUUUCAAGAUAGCAGCCAGGUGAUCAGUCGUCGGGAAGAGGCGCUUGAACAAGUGGAGGUAUUUCUGGCGAUUCAAAGAGCUGCUGCAGUUGUUCUGCAAAGAAUAAGUCAAACUGUGCGGACUGAAGGCAGCUGGGACAAGGUGAAGGGAGAGUCACUGGAAAAGGAGCUUGAUGGUGUAAUUCCAGAAAUUAAAAAGUUAGAAUCAGUGGCCAUCACACUGGAUGGAACUCUUAAUAAAGCCCAGUAUCACCUGAAAGAUGGUAGUUCUGGUCAGAAUUCUUCUUGCAGAGCUGUGUCUGAUAAAAUAGUAGAGGAAUUACAGUCUGUUCAAAACUUGCUUGGUAAAAAACAGAGUGAGGCUGAAGCUCUGCUUACUCUUUGGAACUCAUUUAUAGAAUGCAAAGAACAGCUGCUUAAGAAUAUUGAUGAAAUAGAGGAAAAGGCUGAUAAAGAAGGGUUGAAGGAACUAACUCUUCAAGGACUUCAGCAAAGGCAAAGGGCAUUUAAUCUGCUGGAGAAUGAACUGAGCCUCCAUCAACAUGAACGCCAGUGGCUGAUGGAUAAAGUAAAGCAGUUGUCCCAGAAGGAUGUGACGUUAGCUGCUAAGUCUGCUAAGGAGAUGAGUCUUUUAACAGACACCUGGGAUGAAACCAAAAAACUGAUUGAUGAAAACCUAGAACAUUGCUGCCUCCUGAUUGACACUAUGAGGGAAUAUCAGAAUUUGAAGUCCACUGUAACUGAAGUGAUUGAAAAUGCAGAAAAUAUCUCCAUAAUUAAAUGCUCUCUGAAGGAUAAGGAAGAGAUCGGAAGGAUACUGCAGAAGCAUGAAGCUGUUAAGAAUGAGAUGGCUAACAGUCAAGAACAGCUGGAUGACCUAACUUCUAAGGGAAAGAAACUGUUGGCUGAGCUGAAGAGAAUUACGUGCUGUGUUCCUCUGGCGGUGAAACAUGAUAUGGACACCAUUGUGGACCAGUGGCUUGAUGUUUCAGAAAGAAUAGAUGAGAACAUUGAAAGGCUUAGAAGCAGUCUAUGUAUAUGGAAUGAAAUAGUUAGUAUCGGCGAUGAAAUAGACGGAUGGGCCAGCAGCUCAUCAGCUGAGCUCAGUGAAAACAUCAGCCAUCUGAACAACAGUCAGAGGGUGGAAGCAAGACUUGAAGCAUUUCAGGUGGAAGUCAAAACCAAAGAUGAGAAGUUAGAAGAGCUACACUGUAAAGUUUCAGAGCUUAAAAAGCUAACCAGAAGUCAAGAUGUUCCCACAGAACUUCAGGUACUAGAGGGAGAUUUGAGGAAGAAAUUGGAAAAUGUGCAUGAGGUAUCUGAGCGAGCCAGAGGGACACUGCAAGAUUUCUAUACCGAGAAAAAGCAAUUAGAAACUUUUAUUGAUAAGAUGACAAAUUGGCUGAAUGAAGUUGAAGACUUGAUCUGCGCAUGCACUGACAGCACUGAUCCAGAGGACUUAAACAAAGUGAAGGAGUUACAAAAAGAACUCUACAGCCAGCAAAGCAGCAUUGAUACGACAAGAGAAAAUCUAAAUGGCCUGUGCAGAAAGUACCAUUCUGUAGAGCUGGAGGCACUGGGUGUUGUCAUUACCGAACUUAUUAAAAAAUAUGAGGCUGUUAACCAGAUUUGCUCUAAGACACAGGCAGACUUGCAGGAUUCAUUGAAAAAACGGUUUACUGAUGCACUGCAAGAAUUCCAGACAUGGUUUGCUGACAUGAAGAUGAAAGUAAAGGAAUGUUCUGACAGAUCCGGGGAUAUUCUUGUUUUACAAGCAAAACUAAAGCAAUUUGAGGCACGCUUAAAUUGUUUCUUUCUUAACUGGGUGAAAAAUAAUGACAUUGUUCAUAAUUUCUGUUUAAUACAAAUACAAAUAUUAAUCUGGAGAAUAGAUUCAUGA